CCAAACCUUACUGAUCAUCAUUCGCGCUUAUUCACAGACAAUAUCUACUACAUCCUAUUUCUUCUUAUUCACUGAAAACAAUUCGACCUCCCCAAUACAAUGGAUACAUCAACUCAGCGCGGCGCUCUCAUUGUCGUCGAGGGCCUGGACCGGGCAGGCAAAUCCAGCCAGUGCGAGUUUCUACACAAGAAGCUUCAGGAUUCUGGCCGCUCGGUUAAAUACAUUCGGUUUCCAGAUCGUACAACCGCCAUUGGCAAAAUGAUCGAUGGCUAUCUCCGGGGCCAGUCGCACAUGGACGACCAUUCCAUCCACCUUCUAUUCUCCGCCAACCGCUGGGAGGUGGCUCAGAGCAUCGAGAAAGAUAUUGCCAACGGAGUCACCGUCAUCGUGGACCGCUAUUCUUACUCCGGCGCGGUCUAUUCGGCCGCUAAGAUGAACCCCACGCUGUCUCUCGAGUGGGCGUGGACACCCGAGAUUGGCUUGCCUCAGCCUGAUCUAUGUCUGUUCCUGAGUAUCUCUCCCGAAGCAGCUGCUCAGCGCGGAGGUUUUGGUGCCGAGCGUUAUGAGAACUCGGCCAUGCAGAGUCGGGUGCGCGAGUUGUUCCAAACGAUUUUCCGCGUGCAACGGAGCGGCAACAUCCGCACAAUCGAUGCAGGCCGACCAUUCGAGGCAGUUUCGCAAGAUGUUGAGACAUGCGUCAUGGACUGCAUUGCGCGCCUGGACACUAUUGGGCCUCUGAGGAAAUUCGAAUCGAUCGCU